GUUUCUGGAAUGAAUGAUGCGAAUGUCGGCAUUAUCCUACCAAGCUUACAAGCCCACUAUGGAUUGACGCAGUAUGUUAUCUCCAUAAUCUUUUUGUGUACAACUCUGGGGUACUUCAUAGCUGCGUUUACAAACGGCUACUUGAUCCACAAAACAUCACAGGCCAAGACGGCAAUGAUCGGAUCGGUGUUCAUGGGUGUGGGUUACAUUGUGAUAUUGUUCGCACUACCUUUCCCAGUAAUGUGCUGUUUUAUGAUCUUUGUUGGAUUUGGCAUGGCGUUGAUGCAGUCAUGUGCCAACGUUGUUUGCGGAGAAAUGCCUCGAGGCACCAUUGUUUUAAACGUUUUGCACGCUUGCUAUGGAGCUGGCGCCUUGCUUGCACCCUUAUUAGCAGCGGCCAUACUGGAACAAGGAAAAUCGUGGGCAGUAACGUACAUGAUUCUUUGUGGUAUGCAAUGGGCGAAUGUCCUAUCCAUGCUGUUGGUUUUCCGAAAUCUUAAAACUCGAGCCGAACUUGAGAACGAAGAGCAGCAGCAGGACCAGCAGCAAGAAGAAGACUAUGAUAAUGGCAAGAUGCUAUCGACAGUGAUCCAAAGUCGAAUGGCAUACAUGGGAGCGAUCUUUUUGUUGGUGUAUGUUGGCUGCGAAGUCACCAUAGGCAACUGGGGAUACACCUUUUUGAUUACGGUUCGAAGCAGUGACACGGUAGCUAUGGCGCACUUUAUGAGUGGCUAUUGGGCUGGCAUCUGCGCAGGCAGGCUGUUCCUUGGUUACUUUACAUUGCGAUUCGGCGAAAAGCGAAUGAUUUAUUGCUAUGUUACACUGAUCAUUGGCAUGCUGUUCAUCUUUUGGUUCGUGCCCGUGGCUGCAGCAAGUGCCGCUUCGCUUGCCAUUAUGGGUAUUGCACUUGGUCCGAUCUAUCCUUCCACAGUAGCCUUGGCCAACAAGGUUGUCCCGUCGCGACUUUAUGCUGUGACCAUCGGGUUCUUGUCCGCUUUUGGAAGUGGUGGUUCAGCCCUCUUCCCCUACAUUACUGGCGUCAUGAUUGGUGUCAAAGGCAUUGGAAGCAUGGUUCCAUUCUGCGUUGCCUUGGCCAUCGCCAUGUUUGUAGCGUGGGUGUUUGUGCCAAAC